CACAUCUGUGCAGAAAAGGCCCCGCGGCCCAGGGGCGCCCGCAGUGUCACUAGGCCGGCUGGGGGCCCUGGGUACGCUGUAGACCGCGACAGGCCAGAACACGGGCGGCGGCUUCGGGCCGGGAGACCCGCGCAGCCCUCGGGGCAUCUCAGUGCCUCACUCCCCACCCCCUCCCCCGGGUCGGGGGAGGCGGCGCGUCCGGCGGAGGGUUGAGGGGAGCGGGGCAGGCCUGGAGCGCCAUGAGCAGCCCGGAUGCGGGAUACGCCAGUGACGACCAGAGCCAGACCCGGAGCGCGCUGCCCGCGGUGAUGGCCGGGCUGGGCCCCUGCCCCUGGGCCGAGUCGCUGAGCCCCAUCGGGGACAUGAAGGUGAAGGGCGAGGCGCCGGCGAGCAGCGGAGCGCCGGCCGGGGCCGCGGGCCGAGCCAAGGGCGAGUCCCGUAUCCGGCGGCCGAUGAACGCUUUCAUGGUGUGGGCUAAGGACGAGCGCAAGCGGCUGGCGCAGCAGAAUCCAGACCUGCACAAUGCUGAGCUGAGCAAGAUGCUGGGCAAGUCGUGGAAGGCGCUGACGCUGGCGGAGAAGCGGCCCUUCGUGGAGGAGGCCGAGCGGCUGCGCGUGCAACACAUGCAGGACCACCCCAACUACAAGUACCGGCCGCGGCGGCGCAAGCAGGUGAAGCGGCUGAAGCGGGUGGAGGGCGGCUUCCUGCACGGCCUGGCUGAGCCGCAGGCGGCCGCGCUGGGCCCCGAAGGCGGCCGCGUGGCCAUAGACGGUCUGGGCCUCCAGUUCCCCGAGCAGGGCUUCCCCGCCGGCCCGCCGCUGCUGCCUCCGCACAUGGGCGGCCACUACCGCGACUGCCAGAGUCUGGGCGCGCCUCCGCUCGACGGCUACCCGUUGCCCACGCCCGACACGUCCCCGCUGGACGGCGUGGACCCCGACCCGGCUUUCUUCGCCGCCCCGAUGCCCGGGGACUGCCCGGCGUCCGGCACCUACAGCUACGCGCAGGUCUCGGACUACGCUGGCCCCCCGGAGCCUCCGGCCGGCCCCAUGCACCCCCGACUCGGCCCAGAGCCCGCGGGUCCCUCGAUUCCGGGCCUCCUGGCGCCACCCAGCGCCCUUCACAUGUACUACGGCGCGAUGGGCUCGCCCGGGGCGGGCGGCGGGCGCGGCUUCCAGAUGCAGCCGCAACACCAGCACCAGCACCACCCCCCGGGCCCCGGACAGCCGUCGCCCCCUCCGGAGGCACUCCCCUGCCGGGACGGCACGGACCCCAAUCCGCCCGCCGAGCUCCUCGGGGAGGUGGACCGCACGGAAUUUGAACAGUAUCUGCACUUCGUGUGCAAGCCUGAGAUGGGCCUCCCCUACCAGGGGCAUGACUCCGGUGUGAAUCUCCCCGACAGCCACGGGGCCAUUUCCUCGGUGGUGUCCGACGCCAGCUCCGCGGUGUAUUACUGCAACUAUCCUGACGUGUGACAGGUCCCCGAUCCGCCCCAGCCUGCAGGCCAGAAGCAGUGUUACACACUUCCUGGAGGAGCUAAGGAAAUCCUCAGACUCCUGGGUUUUUGUUGUUCCUGUUGUUUUUUAAAAGGUGUCUUGGCAUAUAAUUUAUGGUAAUUUAUUUUGUCUGCCACUUGAACAGUUUGGGGGGGGUGAGGUUUCAUUUAAAAUUUGUUCAGAGAUUUGUUUCCCAUAGUUGCAUUGUCAAAACCCUAUUUCCAAGUUCAAGUUAACUAGCUUUGAAUGUGUCCCAAAACAGCUUCCUCCAUUUCCUGAAAGUUUAUUGAUCAAAGAAAUGUUGUCCCGGGUGUGUUUUUUCAAUCUUCUAGAAAAUAAAAUCUGGAAUCCUG